AUGGCGACCACGGUGGUCUCGGCCACGAAACCCCAUGCUACGAUUUUGUCUACUUCGCAGGGCCUUCCCACUACUGAGCAGGUCCGCAUUGUGACAGUAAAGGAGUACAAGGAAGCUGCCCAAUGUCUUGCUGAAGCUUUCGCCGAGGACGAUGUAGCUCGAUAUUUCAUUGACACUGAACAUACCGAGCAAUGCACCCCCGAAGAAAAGUGGAAAUUGCACGUCAACAUCCUUGAGUACGUGGUGUAUGCCCACUGCCUCAAAGGCUUGGUGACCACCAUUGGGCCCAACUAUGACUGUGUAGCGCUAUGGAUGCCGCCAGGCAAGAACAUCGAUGAUCUGCUGACCAUCUUCCGAAGCGGCAUGUGGCGUCUGCGCUAUCAACUCUGCAGCGAAGGGAAGAAGCGCUUUUUUGACGAGUUCCUUCCCCUGCUGCACGAUACCAAGCUGGAAGUCAUGGGUGACCGCGACGACGAUUCCUACUAUCUGGUGUACAUUGGCACCAAAUCGACGGCUCGUGGCAAGGGAUACGCCCGUAAGCUGAUUGACAACGUGACAAAGCAGGCCGAUGCCGAAGGCCGGGCAUGUUAUCUCGAAAGCAGCAAUGCCAUUAACCCAGCCAUUUAUCGCAAACUGGGCUUCGAAGAGCGCAAGAAGAUUUUCCUCAGCCGUGCUGAAGCGCCGAUUGAAAUGGAUAUUAUGGUUCGGGAGCCCAUGAGACCGACAAUCAGUAGCUCGAGCCUUCUUCAGGGUGGCACGACUAUACUCCAAGCGACCUCUGCUUCGGCGGCUUAA